AUGUCAGAGGCGGAAGAGAAGGCCGUCGGAAAGCUGGAGCAAGAGCUGUCGGCCGCGGCGGCGGCGCUGCGAGAUCGGCUUGCCGCGCUGCAGAUGGACAGCGAGUACGGCGCGCUGAGCGCGAACUCUGAGUUCUACCGCGCCUUCUCCGAGCGGGACGUGGAGGCGAUGCGGCGACUGUGGCUGCCGAGCGAGAGUAUUGUCUGCGCCCACCCGGGCCACGAGCCCAUCGUCGGCUUCGACGCUGUGAUCAGCUCGUGGCGCGACAUCUUCCGCUCCGCGCCGGCGGGCGGCCUCGAGGUUGCCGCGAGCAGCGUGCGGUGCAGUACUCCGGCGGCCAACGUCGCUCGGGUCACCUGCAUCGAGGAGGUCAAGCCCGGGGAGAGCAAGCUCGUCGCCACAAACAUCUACGAGCGGCACGAGGACGGCAGCUGGCGCAUGUCCCUCCACCAUGCGGGACCCAUGGUCGGCUGAGCCUGAGGCGCCCGCUCGCGAUUGCGGCGGCCCUUUCGCCUUUGCUUUUCUUGGCAGCGCUCGUGCGUCUGUGGGGCGAACAGCGCCUCAGCGCACAGCGGAGCCGGUCCUGAGGUAUAAUUUGCGUUAGGUCUUAGGAAAGAGAAUACUACA